AUGAUGCAGCCGACAUCAGAAGGCUGUAUGAAUAUAGCUGAACUAGCAAACCAAUUAAGGAGAGAGAAAAUCUUUAUAAAUUCCGAAAGGCAGUUGAUACAGAAUCUUAAUGAAGAGGUGGAGAAAACUGUGUUGGAACUAUUGCAAGCCGCCUGGAUAUGUUCUCAGCAGCAUCAGAAUCUGAACAACUUAAUCAGCUCAAGGAGUGAAGCUGAGUCAGUAGCAGCUUGUCAGAAAGCAAGUCUACUUGAAAACACCACUUUCAUUGAUGCACAAAAAGUUUUGAAGUACAAAGAAGUACAAGCGCUAGGCGAGUUGCUAGGAUGGCUUCGGAACACACCGAACCUCAUGGCUCUUUGCCUCAUACUGGGAGAGGAUCACAUGCCGUUGAGUCUCCCCUCGUCUUUGGCCGCGGGACUCUAUGGGAGCUGUCGGUCUCCGUCGGAUCGAACGCGCAUGUUGGCGGUACUACGAUCACUUAUAAAGUAUCAAAUGGCACCAUCCGCAGAUCCGAGGAAGGUUCUUCGUAGUAAUAAGUCGUCUCUGUCGCUGCUGUACUCCGUGUUUCGUGACAACCACGCCCCCACGCGGCAGUUUCUCCGCACUGUGUUAAGAGCGCCCGUACUAGCAGUUCUCACUGAGGAUGAGUUCUUCCUCGACGUAGACCCGGAUAAGGCGAUGGAGCGAUUUACUCCCGCUGACCGUGCUAAGAAGUUUGGUCAACCGAACACCCCCGAAUACAACACUAAGGUGGCUCGCUAUAGAAAGUGGACGGUCCAGUCGUUGUACAACCUCACCAACAAGUUCAUCGCCUCUCUCAAGGAGAACUGGUCGACUUUCCCCUCCUCCAUUGCCUGGAUUGUACAGCAGGUCGUGCAUCUGCUCAAACAGAAUUCCAGGAGUACAGACCGCGACAUCCAUACUAUAUGUACCGAGCUAGUGCUGGGUCAGUUGCUGUGCCCUGCGGUUGUUAACCCUGAGUGUCACGGGGUGCUGUCCGCGCCAGUGUCGUACAUCGCCCGCUUCAACCUGCUGCAGAUAGCGCAGAUACUGCAGAUGCUCAGUCUGGCUAAAUACCAGGAGGUGGAGCCGAAGGUCCGCGACUUAUACAUGAAGUUCGAGCGGUCGUGUGUGUGGUCGCUGGUGGACAGUGUGGGGGGCAGCGCCUUCGCCCCCACGACGCUGGUGCCCCCGCCGGAGACUCCGCUGAGGACGGACGCUCCGCCCCCCGCCACCGUCGCGUUAUAUACGGCGCAGGACGCACACUUACUGAUAACAUUCCUGAGAAAAAUCUCGUCCAAAUUAAACAAUAACAAUCAAAAUACCAACGAGGAGAGAACUAACGGUGCCGCUGACAACACUGUCGAUACUGGUUUUAGUGAUCAUGUUCGUGACGUGAGCGGCGUUAGUGCGGGCUGCGGCCGCUUGGAGGCGCUGGUGGCCAACAACGACCCCAACUACCGCUCCAGGCUACACGACCUAUUACGGAAGAUGCCCGACUUUACUUCGCUACGGCCUUCUCCGGUGGAGUGUCGCGAGUGGUCUGAAGGCGGGCGGCGAGGACUGCUGGGUCGACGGAGGAGGGAGGAGACGCACAGGGACGAGCUGGAGGUACUCGUGGUCAAGAUACACGAGCUGCACGAGAACGAAUAUGUGGGAUUAAUUCCGGAGUCCAAGGUUCUAGAGAACUACUAUGGCGAGACGGAGGGAGACGAGGCCGGGGCGCUUGUAGCCGCCGCUGCACCCGUACAGAAACGAACAAGAUUCUCAGUGUCCCACGACGAGGUAUCUUUGGGGAACACGUCAGACAACCUGGAGGCUGUGUCUGAAGCAGCCUCUAACCACAGCGUGACCUCCAGCCUGGAGUUGGAGACGGAGGACCAGAACGACAACCUGUCAGAUAUGGUGUCAGCGAACGUGAGUGGUCGCGGCAGUCCUAAUAUAUCUGGUCGAGAGACGCCUUCCUCGCAAGUGACAGACGGAGACCCGGCAGCAGAUCAGGCGCUUAGACGUAUCCCAGCGAACGUGCCUGCCAACCAGUCGGUGAGCGUCGCUCACGCUAAGAUGAUGAAGCAGGCGAGGAACGAUAUUGAGGACAAGUUCUGCAAGUUUGAGAUUAAGAAGCUGUUGGAGGGAGAUGAGACUAUCAGCAUCAUGUCGGACACUUGGAGCACGGACGUACUGGCUUCCGACUCAGAGACCAUCGGAGACUCAUGUGACACCACGCAGGCCGCCGCAGGACAAGGAUCCAACGCCAAUACUAUAGCCCCGGACGUGUCAGAAACUGCCAGCGAGUCCGCCUGGAGUGUGGACGUGCUGGCUUCAGACAGCGACCGGAACACUGAGGUGGACACAGAUGACUGUGUGUCGGUGGCGGCCCGCUCAGACACCUCCUGGCCCAGGCGAGCCUCGCACCACGACGACCUCACGCGGAGACAUUUAGCGCAAAACGGUGUCAUAAAGCGGCCGGAUAUCAACAGUCCCAGACAUUCCUCAGCAGCUCAGCUGCCUAACAGGAGCGGUAUAUACCUGAGCGCGACCGCGGCCUUGUCCCGCGGCGGGGAGCUUGACCUGUCCGCGCCAUACGACCACAGGAAGAGCAUCCUAGUUAACGGAUAUCCGGUGAUGACUUGUUACGCGUCAGCCCCCGAGAGCCCUAGCACUGCGCCGCCACUGACCAACGAUGUAUUCGACUACCCUCAAAACAACGGCGGUAGUUCGUCUUCUACGAUCGAGGGCGGGCCCGCGGAGGCGCCCGAGGCCGAAGCCUCUUCAGAGGCGGGCCGGUCGUCAUGCUCCACGGCCGGGCCGAUGGGCAGCGGAGCACCCGGCUCGGACGCGACCAGUCAGUGGGUCGACGAUAGCUUCCCCGACAAGUACCUGCCCUCCACGUGUAAAGGAUACGAGGAUAAUGAAAUGGACAGGUCAUUGAACUCUAGCGAGAGUUCGUUCAACGCGAUGUCAGCGUCUCAGUACGACAGGAGAUUCGAGCCGGGGUCCGAACGGCGGGCUCCCGAACCGGAACCGGAGCGCUCAAUGACGGAGCUCGUGACACGCAUGAGCGCUGUCAGCGUGAGCUCCAACAUGUCCGGUGUAACACGACCCGUCAGAACGGACGUCCGGACAAGCGUCCUCAGCAUCAGCUCUUCACGGAUCGACAAGAAGACCAGCGACGUGUCCCUGAGCACGCUGUCCGUGAACAGCGAGAACUCUGCCUCGGACCGCAGCUCCAGCCAGGACGUGAACUCGGACAACGUGACGGAGCGCCGGGUCAGCCCGCCGCCCCCCGCCUCCACCGGCGCUAUACCUAAGAGCAUCUCCUUUGACGCCACCGCUGAGAAAACACAACGGCGCCGCAUGAUCGGCGAGGAGGGUCUGGUGGGGAACCUGGACGAAUUGAAGAACAACGUGAAGCGGUCUGGAGGGAACCUGCUGCACAAGAUAAAGAUGUUCAGACACAAGGCCCGGACACACCACGGAGAUAUAAAAGUAUCGACUGAAGAGGUGUCCGUAGAAGAAAGGAGCGAGCGAGACGGGGAGAGUUCGGAGGAGAUACUCGCCAAGUACAGACGAGCGGCCGACAGCGCGCCGAGACGAGCACGACACGACAACCACACGACCAGCACGACACACGACAUGGAGCGCUGCGAGGGCGUGGUGGACCUCAACGACCCUGAGGUGUUCAACAACAUGAAGAGACGUCUAAGGGUGGUGCUGUCAAAUAUAGACCUGCACUGUGUGGACUAUGUGCCAAGUCGCUGCACGAGUUCGUCCUUGUCGGAGUGGUGUCGUGCGGGCAGCAGCGCGGAGUGUGCGGCCAUGAGCCGCGCGUUACUGAGCGGAGCCGGAGGCGAGGAGGGUGCUGCACGAACCGCUCGUCUCGUGGCCUCACUGAGAGCGGACCUCGCCUCCCGCCGCCCGUACGCCGCCUACCUCGCCUCCUGCCGCGCCUCGCUCGCACACGCGCUAUACAUGCUGCAGACCGAGGUGAAGGCCAUUCGUCGUGAGUGUGAGCGGUGGCUGCGGGCGGCGGCGGCGGCCAGGGUCCGCGAGCAGCUGGAGCGAGGCUCGUCGCUGAGACGACUGGCGCAUCACACCUCACAACACGCACACGCUCUGCUGCACGGUGGGGAGUUGAUCGACGAGAGAGCGAUGAGGCUGACGGCCAGCAUCAAGGCGAUCACCGCCGAGAUCAAGAGCGACCCGUCCUGGGAAGGCGCCUCCAGCGUCAUGACGGAGGGGCUGGAGCGGACCGUGGAGCGAGCCGUGUACACCAGGCUGUACCUGCACGUGAUGUUCCCCAACGGAGACGGAGACAUCGCCAGGGACCAGGUGUUCAGCGAGCACAUCCGCCGCGUGUUAUCUGUGAGCGGAGGCGCGGGUGGUGUGGGCGUGGCGGCUCGUCACUUGUGGGCGGCGCCCUUCCCUCACGCCCAGCAGCAGCUGCGAGCGUUGUCCGCCCACCGCACUCCGUCAGACAAGCUCCGCUGCGUGCUGCGUUGUGUCCGCUCGCUGCUGGCCACUCUGGCGCUGUCCACACCCGACCCUCCCGCCGCUGACGACCUCACGCCCGCACUCGUAUACGUUAUACUCAAGGUGAACCCUCCGUCUCUCCUGUCGACCCUGGAGCUGGUGAACGCCCUGUCAGGUCCGUCGCUGCAGGGCGAGUCUCUGUACUGGUGGACUCAGUUCUGCGCGGCCGUCGCCUACAUCAAGACCAUGGACUACCCGCAGCCGGCCGCCUCACACACACACGCGCACGCGCACGACUCCUAG